GUGUGUGUGCGUCUGGGAGGCGUGCGGCGGCAUGUUGUCACAGAUUGACUAAACGCUGCUCCUGUUUUAUUUCGUGCCCAACUCUCAGCGGGGGAACAGACGCCGUCGGGCUCAGACCCAACAUGGGUUAGAGACGCAGCCACCUAUGGAUUAUCCACUUUGUGCACUUCAGCGAGGAUGAUGGGGGGGCGAGGUGGACUUGUUUUCGCAGAGACAUCCUGACAAAGACGGGGACUGAAGAGGGAACGGAGACCGGGAUUUCGCUGCUGGUCUCUGUCUCGCUGUGCAUCUUCCUUUUCUUUUUCUUUCUUUCUUAUUUUUUUUUUUUAAUUCCCCUGCGCGUGAGCGAGACAGAAAUGUUUGCAGAAUUGCUGUGCAGCGCCGUGGCUCUGGUCCUGUAUGUCAACACUCUGGGCGCCGAUUUCUGCUACGAUGACAGCCGGGCGAUCAAGACCAAUCAGGACCUGCUUCCAGAGACGCCGUGGACCAACAUCUUCUACGACGACUUCUGGGGCACCCUCCUCACGCACAGCGGCAGCCAUAAGUCCUACCGGCCCCUCUGCACCCUCUCCUUCCGUCUGAACCACGCCGUGGGCGGGCUGGAGCCCUGGGGCUACCACCUGGUGAACGUGGCCCUCCACGGGGCCGUGACGGGCCUCUUCACCUGCCUGGCCCGCCUCCUGCUGGGAGGGGGGCUCUGGAGCCUGCUGGCCGGCCUGCUCUUCGCCUCUCACCCCAUCCACACCGAGGCGGUGGCGGGCGUCGUCGGCCGGGCCGACGAGGGCGCCGCCCUGUUCUUUUUGCUGUCCCUGCUCUGCUACGUCCGCCACUGCGGGCUGAGGGGCCACGCCGGCCCCUGGCGGCCCCUGGCCUGGCUCCUGGGGAGCCUCGGCUGCGCCGCCUGCAGCAUGCUGUGGAAGGAGCUGGGAGUGACCGUGCUGGCCGUGUCGGCGCUGUACGACGUCUGCAUUUUCCACAAACUCAAGCUGCGGCAGAUCAUCACGCUGCUCCACAAGAGGAAGAAUAUCCACCUGCUGCUGAACGUCUUCUUGCUGGGCGCCUGGGGAGUCGUCCUGUUGGCCUGCCGCUUCUACUGGAUGGGCAACAAACCCCCCAACUUCUCCAACUCCGACAACCCAGCCGCAGACUCCCCCUCGCUCCUCACCAGGACUCUGACCUUCCUCCACCUUCCUGCCGUGAACCUCUGGCUGCUCCUGUGCCCGGACACGCUCAGCUUUGAUUGGUCGAUGGACGCCCUGCCUCUGAUCAGGAGCCUGGCCGACUGCAGGAACGUCCACACGGCGGUCUUCUACGUUGGGUUGCUGCUCCUGGCUUGGUUCGGCCUGAGGACGAACCACACGUCCAAGGCUAAAGAUGCUAACGGGAAAGCGCAUCAUUACACCAACGGAAGAAAUGGAAGCAGUAAUGGACACAAUUACCACGAACACAUGAACAACUCCCACACGGACGGUCACGCGGUCGGGGCGCAGAACGGCAUCAAAAAGCACUACGAGAGCAGGACUCCACUGCCCACCACGGAAAACGUGGUGGUGUUCUCUCUCGGCCUGCUGGCCAUCCCCUUCCUGCCCGCCACCAACCUGUUCUUCUAUGUGGGAUUCGUCAUCGCGGAGAGAGUACUGUACAUCCCCAGCAUGGGCUUCUGCCUGCUGGUUGCGGCGGGGAUGAGAUCGCUGUACGUCCGACUGCGGCGCAGGUCCACCAGGACAGUUAUGGUGUACCUCGCUGCAACCCUGGUUCUGAUUUUUGGCGUCAAAACUGUUUUGAGGAACCGGGACUGGCAGAAUGAGGAGAUGCUCUACAAGUCAGGGAUUUAUGUCAAUCCUGCUAAAGCGUGGGGGAACCUCGGAAAUGUCUUGAAGAGCCAGGGGAAGAUGGAGAAAGCCGAGCAGGCGUACAGGAACGCUCUUUAUUACCGCAGCAACAUGGCCGACAUGCUGUACAACCUCGGUUUGCUGCUCCAGGAGAGCAACAAGUUCUCAGAAGCACUCCACUACUAUAAGCUGGCCAUUGGGAGCCGGCCAACGCUGGCUUCGGCCUACUUGAACACGGGCAUCAUUCUGAUGAACCAGGGUCGUCUGGACGAGGCCAAGCGCACCUUCCUGACCUGUGCCGACAUCCCAGAUGAGAACCUGAAGGACCCCCACGCCCACAAGAGCUCCGUCGCCAGCUGCCUCUAUAAUCUGGGCAAGCUGCUCCACGAACAGGGACACCAGGAGGAGGCCCUCUCCGUCUUUAAAGAAGCAAUACAGAAAAUGCCAAGACAAUUUGCACCACAGAGCCUCUACAACAUGAUGGGAGAGGCCUACAUGAGACUGAACAAGCUGCCUGAAGCCGAACACUGGUACCGAGAAUCACUGCGAGCCAAGCCGGACCAUAUUCCUGCACACCUCACUUACGGCAAACUCCUGGCCAUGACGGGCCAGAAAACAGAAGCGGAGAGGUUCUUCCUGAAGGCCAUCCAACUCGACCCCACAAAAGGCAACUGUUACAUGCAUUAUGGUCAGUUUUUGUUGGAGGAGUCACGACUCCUGGAAGCCGCAGAGAUGGCGAAGAAAGCGGCGCGCCUCGACAGCGGCGAGUUCGAUGUGGUCUUCAGCGCAGCGCACAUGCUCAGACAAGCCAGCCUAAAUGAGGCAGCCGAGAAGUAUUACGAACAAGCGGCGAGCCUGAGACCCAACUAUCCGGCAGCCUUGAUGAACCUGGGAGCGAUCCUCCACCUCAACGGGAAGCUGCAGGACGCCGAAGCCAAUUACCUCCGGGCGCUGCAGCUGAAGCCGGACGACACCAUCACGCAGUCCAACCUGCGGAAGCUGUGGAACAUCAUGGAGAAGCAAGGCCUGCGGACCACGAGCCCCUGAGCGCCGCCGCCGCCCCUCCGGCCCGACCACCUGCCAUCUGCGCGCCAGAUUGGCGGAAAGGGCGACCCUUUUGGCUCCUCGCUCGCUCGUGGCGAGCGGGAGAGACUCAGGGAGGAUGUUUGCUCGGAAAGGCCACGACUGCGCCGCACAGCCUUCCUAAUGACUCCUGAGCUCUGCACACAACCUCAGGCUAGCAGCUUUCCUCACAGGCAUUGCUCACCGGUUGGCAGGCGCGUUGUGGUAUUUGGACUUGGUGGAACUUUCUCCCCUCCGUCUCCUUUUUUCCCUCUUUCUCUCCUUUUAUAAUAACAAUAGCACUUGAACUUGAAGCGAGACCUUAGGUACAUCCUUCAACAUUUGUGAUGA